UCAGGAAACAAACAAACAAACAAAAAGCAAAUUUAGCAAGGGGAAUAAAAAAUAAAUAAAAAAGUCCCCAAAUUUCUUCUAUCUUCAUUCAUUCUCUUUCCCUAGCCGCCUCUGAAUCUCUCUCGGGAAAACCAAGUAUUGUUAGCCUGGAAGCCAUGGCCUCAUCCACCUCCACCCCACUUUCUCUCUCCUCCUCCUCCACCAUAAUUGACGGCAGGGCUCCUCGUCAAUCAGCUGCCGCUUCAUCACAAUGUGUCACUCUCCCCACCCUCCCUCCCCCACCGGUGCAGUCUCAGCGCCGCACCUGGAAGACCACUGCCCAUUGUCGAAAAAUUGCACGAAAUGUGAUUGCCAUGGCCACUGGAGAAGCACCUGCUGAAGUUGCAGAAACUGAGUUGCCAGAGAUUGUCAAGACAAUUCAAGAAGCUUGGGAGAAAGUUGAAGAUAAGUAUGCUGUGAGUUCCCUUGGUGUAGCUGGUGUCGUCGCGCUAUGGGGCUCCACUGGAUUGAUCUCGGCAAUUGACAGGCUUCCAUUAAUUCCAGGCGCUCUUGAGCUUGUAGGCAUUGGUUACACAGGGUGGUUUGUAUACCAGAACCUGGUUUUCAAACCAGACAGGGAAGCUUUGAUAGAAAAGAUCAAAGACACAUACAAGGAUAUUCUUGGGAGCAGCUGAAAGGAAGAGAAGCUAGAAAUGCUGCUAAGGUAAGGUGAAUUCAUUUGCUGAAGGAUAUAUAUAUAUUGCAGCAGCACUCAGGAAUUUGGAAUAUGCAGUCUUUUUUGUUCAGAUAAGCCUUUAACCAGUGUAAAUUCAUGUAAUGUACUUUUCCAAGGUACAUGUAUCAAUAUAAUACAUCUUCCUAAAUUAGUGCUA